GAUUUAUAUCAAACUUGAUGAUAAGCCAAGACUUUUCGGUUUGCACGAUUUCAAAAUGGCGUCAGAAUCUGAAACACCACCCACCGAGGUCUGUGAUCAAGAGAAAAUGGAAUCUGUAUCUGAUGGACCUCAAAAAAUAGAAAUCGAAUGUCAGGAACAACCAGACAAACCAGAUAAAGCCACAGACCCAGGGGGGCAGGGUCAAGGAGAUGUCAAUCAAAACCAAACAGAAGCAUCAUCUUCAGAAACACCUGAUGAUGCCAAUGCUGCAUCGAAUACAAAAAUGGAGGAAGUGGAAUUCAAACUAAUAUACAAAAAACAGAAAUAUGAUGUCUCAUUUCCUAUGGACAACACUAUUAAAAAUCUCAAGGAACAUGUUGAAACAUUAACAGGUGUUCCAGCAGCUAUGCAGAAAAUCAUGUUUAAAGGUUUAGCGAAAGAUGAAUGUACAUUACGAGACUUAAAAGUGACAAAAGGAUCCAAGAUCAUGGUGGUCGGGUCUACCCUAAAUGAUGUGCUGUCUAUGGGUAAACCCAGUGCUAAAGAGUUGGAGGCAGAUGCCAAGUCAGCAGCAGCAGCUACGAAAGAAUCCUUAUCCAAACAGAAGGACCACAAAAAGGUGUUAGAAAAAUAUGGAAAACCAGAUGAUUGCAUUCCAGGUCACAAAAGUAGAGAGCCAUUACCACACCAGCCAAUCGCAGGCAUGUACAACAAGUCUGGUGGCAAAGUCAGACUCACAUUCAAACUAGAGUUGGACCAGGUGUGGAUAGGUACAAAAGAGAGAACUGACAAAAUUCCAAUGAGUUCUAUUAAAGCGAUAGUGAGCGAAGCAAUAGAAGGCCAUGAAGAAUAUCACAUGCUGGGAAUUCAAUUAGGCCCAACAGAGGCUUCUCGCUACUGGAUAUACUGGGUGCCUGCACAAUAUGUGGAGGCUAUUAAAGAAACAGUGUUAGGCAAGUGGCAAUAUUUCUGAUUGGAUGUGUGUGUAUUUCUUCAUGUGAUGGAAAAUGGUGGAGUGAUUUGUAAGGACAUAUGGAAGUGAUAUGUGAAGACUGACAGUGAACAUGUGGAUGGAUGGGUGUAAAGGAUCUUCAACCUUUCUGUGGCUGGUUCAUCAAGUUGUAAUGCUAACCUGGAAAAUAGUUCUAUGUUUGAUUUAUAAGUUCCUGAAAACACUUUGAAACAAAAGUUCUUUUGUUAAUGAUUUCUCCAUUAUCCUCUGCCAACAUGACAAUGGCUCAGCUGACAUGAAUUAACAGAGGAUCUUAUGUGGUAAUUUAUUAUUCAGUUGAUAAAAACGUUCUGAUUAUUACCAAUGUUACUGCUAUCUCCUGAUUAAAAAUCAGUACAUGUAACUGUGUAAAGAAGCACUGACUGUAAUAUACUGGCUCAGAUCCAAACAUUUUCUCCUUUAUGAUAUGUCCUGCUUGUCUAAUUUGAACCUUUUUUAUGCAGAAAACCGACAUUGCUUUGUCAAACUGGCUCUAUAAAUCACUGUUAAACAACUUGUUCAUUCAUGUGUUUUACUAUCUCAUUUAAAUGUCUCCUUAAAGUGCUUUUCCAUAAAGUAUCUGAUUUAA